UGUUAGAUUUGAAAGGAACUUAGCAGCUGUGGUGAUUGGGGCCACAGGCAACAUCACACCCCUGGCCAAGGCCCAAGCAAGUGGAUUGGAUUCAGGUGCAGGGACAUGUGCCCCCAGAAUGUGGCAUCGAUGUCCGGCUGCAAGAGGAUGAGAGCGCAUGUCUGCAGGCGGCAGAGGGGGUGCCCAACACCUCCCUGAGCUGCCCUAGGAUCUGGGAUGGACUGCUGUGCUGGCCGAUGGUAGGCUCUGGAGAGUGGGUCACUCUCCCUUGCCCGGAUUUCUUCUCUUACUUAAGCUCAGAGCCAGGCGCUGUGCAGCGGGAUUGUACCAUCACAGGGUGGUCAGAUCCCUUCCCAUCUUACCGUGUGGCCUGCCCUAUGGAGCAACUGGCUGAGGAGAAACCUUACUUCUCCACCAUGAAGAUCAUCUACACCACGGGCUAUAGCAUCUCUGUUGCAGCCCUGUCUGUGGCCAUUGCCAUCCUGGUUGCUCUCAGGAGGCUCCACUGCCCUCGGAACUAUAUCCACACCCAGCUGUUCACCACCUUCAUCCUCAAGGCAGGAGCCGUGUUCCUGAAGGACUCUACCCUGUUCCAGGAUGACAUAGAGCACUGUGUCUUCUCCACUGUCCAGUGCAAGGUCUCUGUAGCUGCCUGCCAUUUUGCCACCAUGACCAACUUCAGCUGGCUGCUGGCAGAAGCUGUCUACCUGAGCUGCCUCCUGGCCUCCACAUCUCCCAGCUCCAGGACAGCCUUCUGGUGGCUGGUUCUUGCUGGCUGGGGACUCCCCACGCUCUUCACAGGCACCUGGGUGGGCUGCAAGCUGGCCUUCGAGGACAACGCGUGCUGGGACCUAGAUGACAGCUCCCCCUACUGGUGGAUCAUCAAAGGGCCCAUCGUCCUCUCUGUUGCGGUAAACUUUGGUCUUUUUCUCAAUAUCAUCCGCAUCCUGCUGAGGAAACUGGAGCCAACACAGGGCAGCCUGCACACCCACUCUCAGUACUGGCGUCUCUCUAAGUCAACACUUCUCCUUAUCCCACUGUUUGGAGUCCACUACAUUGUCUUUAAUUUUCUGCCUGAUGAUGCUGGCUUGAGCAUUCGCAUCCCUCUGGAGCUGGGGUUUGGGUCCUUCCAGGGCUUCAUUGUUGCCAUCCUCUACUGCUUCCUGAACCAAGAGGUGAGGACUGAGAUCUCACGCAAGUGGCAUGGCCAUGACCCUGAACUUCUGCCAGCCCGGCGGACCUGUACUAAGUGGACCAUGCCUUCUAAUGUGGGGCCCAAGGUGCUAACCUCUAUGUGCUAGGCUGGCUACACCACACAACCGGAGCCCACACCUGGGCUUGGGCAGCUGCUUGGUGCCUACCACUGUCUGGAGAAGAGACCCUGGGAGCCCUCAUGCCCACCAUGCUGCUGCCCAGGCCAGGGGGCAGCGCUGCCACCCUGGCUUUGCAACUGACCUUUCUCUGGGCCUUCUGUAUGCCAUGCUCUGACUCCCUUGGUU